UCAUAGUUACCGAUCAAGAGGAAAACAUCGAAGAACUGACGAUUUCACGGGACUCAUCCAUAAACCACUCUGUAUCUGUGAAAUCCUCGACGAAGCAGAGAAGAUCCCGGACGAAUUUCACUCUGGAACAGCUAAAUGAAUUAGAAAGGCUGUUUGAUGAGACGCAUUACCCUGAUGCCUUCAUGAGGGAAGAGUUGAGCCAACGACUGGGAUUAAGUGAAGCCAGGGUGCAGGUUUGGUUUCAAAACAGACGGGCUAAAUGUAGGAAACAUGAAAAUCAAAUGCAAAAAGGUGUAAUGUUGAACAAUCACAGCCCUCCAUCUAGCACACCACUUGAACCGUGCAGGGUAGUACCAUACAUGAAUGUCCCAGCUUUGAGAGGACUCUCACUCAGUUCUGGGUCAGUCGCACUCGCGAACUACGAAAGACUGUCAGCGGUCCCUUUUCCGCAACAAGGAACUGCCUUUUCCGCAAUCAACUCAGCUUUCAUAUCUGCUGCCGCUCAUCAGUAUGCAGCAGCAGCAGCAGUUGCAGUGGGAGGCAGUUCGGCUGCUGCAGCGGCAGCCAGCAUUUUGUGCCACCCCCAGUAUCCGUUAGAAUUUGCUGCGUUAGCGGUGGCACACAAAAACUCAAGCAUAGCAGAUCUCAGACUGAAAGCAAAAAAGCACACGGAAGCGCUUGGGUUGUCAACAAGAGAAAAGCAGCUAUAAUUUUUUACCCCGGAAGUAUUUUUAUUCUUUACUCGAUUUGUUGGUAUCGAUUUGCGUGAGAGUGGCUGAUGUAAUGUUGGCGAGGAAUUUACUUAAAGAAAGCCUACUAUCGGUUUGCUUUGUUCAGCUAUAAAAUCAAUAUACUUUCGUUUAUCCAGCAUGUAUAGACAGCUCCCGCAUGGUGGUGCACCUCUUUCCAGUUGUGGUGACUAAUAUUUUGAGGAAAAAUAAAAAGAUGAGGGAUGGAAGAUCCUGCAGUACUCGUAGCAUAUAUUACUGUAAUGGCUUGACCUCUCUCCCAUGAUGUAACAGCUCCAACACGUUUCUCACCUUUAGGAGCUAUAAUGUUCUCAGUUUCUUCGGCAGUCGCCACACCAAUCUCAUCUACGUUGUGGUUGAAACUUAUAUUUCAGCAUCAAUGUCUUCAAAUUAUCAAUAAAUCGUGUCACCUCACUCUUAACACAAACACUGCUAUGUAUGAAAAUAAGCGUAGGCUACGAACAGAUCAAAUUUGUGUAAGUUCUUCGCCAAACAUAAAGUUUGAUAUCCACAGUCACGUAAAAUCUCUCAAAACUUUUUUCAACUGUGUAUAUUAACCAAAACAUGUAAAUAU